AUUAUUUUAGUACAAGAGUAAUAUAUAUAAUACGAUUUAAUCUCAAUCAAUCUUGUUAUGAGUUUUUGUUUUUAAUAUUUCUUUUCUUCUAUCAAUAAAGUUUUUAGUUUAUAUUUUUUUUUCUAAUUAGUUUUUAGUGGAUUGUAUAUGUAGUUUCAUGUCCCUCGUAUAGUAAUUAUAUAUUAUUCUUUUAUAUUUAUUUAGGAGCCACAUUGAGAUGGAGAAGAGAUUUAGAGUGUGGACAUACAGGGAAGGAGAGCAACCACUUUUUCACAGAGGCCCAAUGAAUGAUAUUUACUCCAUCGAGGGGCAAAUCAUUGACGAACUGGACAGUGGCAAGAGCCCAUUUUCAGCUAAAAAUCCUGACGAGGCACUUGCAUUUUUCGUCCCAGUUAGCAUCGCCAGUAUCCUUCAUUUCAUCUACAGACCUUAUGUCACCUACUCUCGUAAGCAAAUCCAGGACAUUGCUGAGGACUACAUUGGCCUCAUUUCCAGCAAGUAUCCGUACUGGAAUAGAAGCAGUGGAGCUGACCAUUUUAUGAUUUCCUGUCACGAUUGGGCACCAGAUGUUUCGGCUGCCAACCCUGAUCUGUACAGGAACUUCAUUAGAGUUCUAUGCAAUGCCAAUUCCUCCGAAGGGUUCAAACCGGCGAGGGAUGUCUCCUUGCCUGAAUUUAAGCUCCCGCGUGGAAAGUUAGAACCAGAACACAUCCUCCAGCCUUGUGAUAACAAUCGUUCGAUCCUUGCCUUCUUUGCCGGGGGUAGCCAUGGGAGUGUAAGAAAGAUAUUAUUCAAACACUGGAAAGAAAAAGACAAUGACAUUCAAGUUUACAAAUACCUCCCUGAAACCCUAAAUUACACCGAGCAAAUGAGUAAGAGCAGGUAUUGCCUGUGCCCUAGUGGAUGGGAAGUUGCAAGCCCUAGGGUAGUCGAGGCAAUCUAUUCAGGCUGUGUUCCAGUGAUCAUUUCAGACUAUUAUGUUCUACCUUUUAGUGAUGUUCUUGACUGGAGCAAGUUUUCUGUUCAUAUCCCGGUUUCAGGGAUCCCAGAAAUCAAGACAAUUUUACAAAGCAUUCCUGUGGAGGAGUAUUUGGAGAAGCAAAAGACGGUUCUUCAAGUGCAGAAACAUUUCAAGCUCCAUCGACCAGCUAAGCCCUUCGAUGUGGUGCAUAUGGUGAUGCAUUCUGUGUGGCUCCGAAGGCUUAAUAUCAGGCUGCCAAGAUAAGAAAUUUCAUGAUUUAGAUUAUAGCU